AUGGCAGUCUUUCUUAGUAAAAGAAUACUGAGAUACACUCUGCUGGCAGGUCUCUGUGUUACUAUCAUAGUACUUUUGUCGUCAGAUCAUGUUUCGAGCACGGAUAUCAACUACCUCGAGCAGUUUAAGGGACUUGGAACCGGUGUGACUGAUUAUUUCCGUGGUUCAGAGACUCCUCAGUUAAGUGAAAAGGAGAAGGAAGUUGAAGAAGAGAGACAGAAAGUUGAGAAGAAUCUAGCCCAACAACAUGAAGACGGUAAGGUGGAAUUUGAUGAGCCGGCAAUGGAUAAGAAUGCACAGGCUUUGAAAGAAAGCGCGGAGGAAGCUGAUGCUGCGCACGAGCCACAAACGUUCAAGAGCACUUGGGAAUUCAUGGCACCUUCUUAUGCCAACAAAGGGAAAAAACCAAAGGCAGCAUUCGUUGUUCUCGUGAGAAACAAUGAACUGGAAGACAUUCUCCCAUCAAUUAAAAAUGUCGAAGACAAGUUCAAUCAUCAGUUCAAUUAUCCAUGGGUAUUUUUCAAUGACGAAGAGUUUACUGAAGAGUUCAAAACAAAGAUCAAUAAAACCAUCAGCUCAAAAGCAGAGUUUGGAUUGAUUCCCAAGGAACACUGGUCUUAUCCUGAUUUCGUUAAUCAGGAGACAGCUAAAAAGGAGAGAGAUAGAAUGGUCAAGGACGCUGUCAUUUACGGUGGCUCUGAAUCUUACAGACACAUGUGUCGCUUCCAAUCCGGAUUUUUCUGGAGACAAAAACUUUUGGAAGAUUAUGAUUGGUACUGGCGUGUUGAACCAAGCACUAGGUUAUAUUGUGACAUUAAGUAUGAUGUUUUCCAAUAUAUGCAAGAUGAGGGAAAAGUCUAUGGUUUCACAAUUACAAUCCAUGAAUAUUUGAGAACGAUUGAGACUUUAUGGAAAAGUACGAGGGAUUUCUGGAAGAAAAAUCCACAUUAUAUCGCCGAUGACAAUUUGGUCGAAUUUAUUUCUGGUGACAAAGGUAAAACCUACAACUUGUGUCAUUUUUGGUCAAAUUUUGAGAUCGCUAAUCUGAACUUUUGGAGGUCUCCUGCUUACAGAGAAUACUUCGAUUAUCUAGACAGAACUGGUAAUUUCUUUUACGAGAGAUGGGGUGAUGCUCCAGUGCAUUCCAUUGCAGCUUCAUUAUUUUUAUCUAAAGACAAAAUUCACUACUUCUCGGAUAUAGGAUAUCAUCAUAAUCCAUACGAUAACUGUCCAUUGAAUAAUACCAUAUAUAAGGAGAACAAUUGUGAUUGUGACCAAGGCAACGAUUUUACCUUUCAAGGUUAUGCUUGUGGCGUUCAAUAUUAUGAUGCGCAGGGUCUCAAAAAGCCGGAUAAUUGGGAAAAAUUCCAACAGUAA